AUGCCUCGACUUGUUCCCGGGGCCCUCCCUAUAAAGUUGGGUGGCCAGUCGGGCUGGAGACAGGUGCGAUUUGGACCUUCGCUUGUGUGUGGAGCGAUGCAGACGCUGCGGGUGCCGGACCCCCGGCGGGACAUGGUACCCGAGAGUUCCCGAGACCAGGGGGCCGACAGGGCGGACGGGAUGGCGCUAAUGGAGGCAGCCCUGAUGGCCUCGCCCCACGCCGCCAUGACGGGACCCCGGCGGAGGAGGAGGACCAAGUACAACUCCUGGCAGAAGAGCUUACUGGAGAGGGCAUACUCAGUGUGCAAGUACCCCAACGUCUGGACCCGCGAGACCCUCUCGAAGGCCCUCAACGUCGACGACGCCCGGAUUAUCGUGUGGUUCCAGAACCGGCGAGCUCGUUACAGCCGCCAGACGGGAGGUGCACGGGGCCGUUCCCGGGCUGCACCCAGCGAUGACCCCCCCCCGCCAGCCAUCGGGGACCCUGCAUUACCCCGGCCCCAGCUACCAACUGCCCCGCAGCACCCUGGGCCCCAGCCCCUGCCCCUCCUGUCACGACCCCAAGCAGGAGGCAAUUUUCUCGGCCCCGGCCUGCAGCCUGGCGCAGACCCCGGCCCCCGAGCUCGCCCACUGGGCCCCACCGCCGACCCCCUCCCCUGCCUUCGGCUCGUACCCGGCCCACCCGCUGGACAGCAUCGAGCUCGAGUUCACCGAGGCCGACUUUGAGGCGGGGCUGGGGAUGGAUUACGCCCUGUGACGGCCCUCUCCGCUGCUCGGCAACGCCAGACCCAGCCCGUCACCUGACGUCGACCGGCUUUUGGGAAGUGAACUCUGACUGGGCUGGGGACGAUCACUGAGGGGAUGUGGCUGCAGAAUUGUCUACCUUUGUCUUAGGAGUUUCUCGAUGUGGGUACAAGCUCUGAAUAACCUCGAGUGUGUGUGAGGGGACGGUGCGGAGGGAGAUUCACUCUGUGUCUGACCCCGGGAGUGUGUGAUGGGACGGUGCGGAGGGAGUUUUACUCUGUGUCUGACCCCGGGAGUGUGUGAUGGGACGGUGCAGAGGGAGUUUCACUCUGUGUCUGACCCCGGGAGUGUGUGACGGGACGGUGUGGAGGGAGAUUCACUCUGUGUCUGACCCCGGGAGUGUGUGAUGGGACGGUGC